ACGUUGCUUUUCAGAAAAUAAUCUUCAUCUUUUGUGAUAUUUUUUUUACUUGUUCCCUUUGAAAUCCGCUGAAAAUGUCCUCUUACACAGGAGAAUAUCUUAAACAAAAAUUGACCGACAAGCUGGAAGCAACGCAUGUGGAAGUCAUAGACGAAUCUGAUGGUUGCGGUGGUAAGUUCAGUGCCAUCAUCGUAUCACCACAGUUCCAAGGAAAAGCUCUCUUACAGCGACACAGACUGGUCAACGCUGCCCUAGCAGAGGAACUGAAAACAAUUCACGCCUUUUCGCAGAAAACAUACACGCCCGAACAGUGGGCCGCCGAAGGUCAUUGAGCCGGCUUGAUCGUGGACGUAGUUGAUAAGUUAUUCGA